UGAAAUAAAAAAGAGCAAAAGCUCUGCCUCUGAGUGCUCAACAUUCUAUCCCUUUAAUCCAACCAGGCCAGAGGCAAACAAAUCAAUCAAUCAAGAAACAAAAGCAAUGGGCUUUCUGAUGGGGAGCUCUUGCUUUUUGCACUCUCCCCUCUCCCUCUCUCCUUUCCCCUCUUCUUCUUGUUCUUCCUCUCACCCCAUUUUCCUGUGUUCCACCUCUAGGAGUGCAGAGACAAGGAGGAGGACGGUGGUACCAAUGGCGUCCCUGCGCCACGAGGACUCGAACGACGGCGUGUGUAGCAUGAGGAGGGCUAUUCUGUUUGUGGGUAUUUCAGUUCUUCCACUCUUGCAGCUCAGGGCCACUGCUCUUGAAGGCUUGGCCACUAAAGAAAGUGAGCUAAAGACACCAGACGGGAGUAAAAACACAGAGGAAGCACCUCAAACAAAUGCAGCACCAAUUCCCGUUUUGUCUCUCCUGAAUGGCAUUGGUAUUUUCAGUUCUGGUGUCCUUGGUGCGCUCUAUGCAUUGACUCAGUCAGAAAAGAAAGCCACUGAUGCCAAAGUCGAAUCUAUGAAGACCAAGCUGAACGAAAAGGAAGCUGCUAUUGUUUCAUUGGGGAAGAGCUAUGAAUCAAAGUUACUAGGUGAACAGGAAGAACGGAGCAAGCAACUCGCAAAGGCAAAGGAAGAGCAGAACUCUCUAAGAAGCCAACUGAGUUUGGCAAAAAGUACAAUUGCAAGCUUAGGAAAGGAGUUAAAUGGUGAAAAGAAGUUGCUUGAGGGGCUAAAAAUUCAAAUUGACAGUCUUAAAACCAACCUUUCCAAGGCCGGAGAAGAAAAGGUAUUACUUGAAGAAAAUUUGAAGGAAAAGCAAAACUCAAUUGAAGUCUUACAGGGAAGGAUUGAUUUGCUCAAUUCAGAAAUCAAGGAUAAAGAAAAUAAUGUCCGAAGUCUUGGCUCUUCUCUAGCCGAAAAAGAUUUGGAGUUGAGGGACUUGAAAGCUACCUACAAUCAAAGGAUGGAUGAACUAACGAAUGCACUUUCAGAUAGUCAAAUGUUGAAAGAUGAACUCCUGAAAAAUCAAAAGGAAUUAGAAUUGAAGAAUUCCUCACUCGAUGAACUGAAUGCAACAGUUAGUUCUUUAACUUCUGAAUUAGAUGAUUCGAAGAGGGAGUUUGAUGCUAUUCAGGAGGAAUACAAUAAUCUGAAAACAUCCUCCUGUAGAAAGGCAGAUUUGGAUGCUAAGCUUUUGGGAGAAAAGGAAGAGAAAUUUCAGCAGCUAAAGGAAAAGCUUGAACUUGCUCUGAAUGACACAAGUAGAAACAAAAAAGUAAUUGUUGAUUUGACCCGAGAGAAGGAAAACUUGAAGGAACUUCUGGAUAGAGAACUGGAAAUUGAAACGAAUUUGAAACAUGAACUCCAAAGCACUCAGGAAGCUCUUGCAAAAUCAAGAAGUGAAGCUUCCAAUCUGGAAAAUCAAUUAAAACAGUCAAAAACUUUGUACACGGAACUUGAAGCUGAGAUCUCUAGGGUUCGGACCGAGUUUACUGGAGUUAGGGAAUCGCUGCAGAGGACCCUUGAUGAGGUGACGUUAAGUGGUGAUGCGGUUGCUGGUGAGCUUUCUGCAGCAAAAGAACUUCUGAAGAAUACAAAUGAGGAGCUGCAAGUUCUGUCCCAUGAACUAACAGUUGUUGCUGAAAAACGUGAUAGUCUGCAGGAGGAAUUGGUUGAUGUCUACAAAAAAGCUGAAAGAGCUUCAAGUGAUCUAAAAGAAGAAAAGGAGCUAGUUUCUUCUUUGAAAAAAGAAGUUAAAGCUUUGGAGAAACAGAUUUUGAAGGAUAAGGAGUCUCGGAAAUCUCUUGAAACAGACCUGGAAGAGGCUACCAAAGCACUGGAUGAGAUGAACCGAAAUGCAAUGGUGCUUUCCCAAGAUUUAGAGAGGGCUAAUUCUCUAAUUUCUAGCCUUGAAGAUGAGAAAGAGGUGGUUUACAAUUCCCUAACAGAGCAUAAGAUUGCGUCCAAAGAGGCCCGAGAAAACAUGGAAGAUGUCCAUAAUCUUGUCAUGAGACUAGGCGAGGAAAGGGAGGGUCUGGAGAAGAGAAGCAAAAAAUUGGAAGAGGAAUUGGCAUCUGCCAAGGGUGAAAUAUUGCGGCUACGAAGUCAAAUGAAUUUGUCAAAAGAUCUUGUAAAUAAUCAGCAACCACCGGAAGAGGCUGAAGAGCCUGUCACUGUUACUCCAAGACGUGGUGGUAGGAGGAAAAAGGCUGCCGAGUGAAGAUAGUGAACUGUUUUAAUUGCGGUAAUCUUCUUUUCCCGAUAAUUUUGAAUCUUCCUGUACCAUCAUCCUUUGAAGCCAGUUGUUCUUUGGCUCUCUUCCUCUUGGACUUCAAAAAUUUUCCCCGAUAUCAAAUGCAUUAUACAAGUAGGACGCUGAGGGAGUAGUGAAGUUGAUUUGUAUGUAACACAGAUCUUGAGUCUGAAUGUGUUUCCUUGUACACACAUGUUCAGUGUAUAGUAUCGAUCGUGGAGUUGAGUGGAUUUAUAGAAGAUUCAAUAUUCAAUAUGUUCUUACAAGUUUCUGCA